AUGGCAGCGCAGAUUCAGAAACAUGUUCGCAAUCUCGAAGAAACGCUUAAAGGCUAUUUAUAUGAAGGACCACUGACACCUUUUUGGGGCAUAGUCGAAGAGAAGACCAAGGUCAAACGGGAACGUGUCGCAGUUGGUCUGCUUGGCUUCAUCGCUAUCUACUUGAUUCUUGGCUGGGCAAAAGAUUUUGUCUGUAAUUUCAUUGGUUUUAUCUAUCCAGCUUACGCUUCAGUUUUGGCUGUUGAGACAACUGCAACACAGGAUGAUACUGAAUGGUUAAUUUACUGGAUUGUUUAUGCAUCAUUCGGUAUUGUCGAAUACGUCGGAUAUGCUUUCUUUCAUUCUUUACCGUUUUAUUGGCUGGGUAAAUGCCUGUUUCUCAUUUGGUUAAUGGCCCCAGGAGAUAAAGGUGGUUCCCAAAUUUUAUAUCACCGUUUCAUACGUCCAUUUGUAUUAAAACAUCAUCCUGUUAUUGACAAACACAUUCGUGAUGCCAAAGAGCAGAUCAACAAAUUUUCCAACAAUGGUAAUCGCUAG